AUGGCUCGAGCUCCUUUUGAGACCAGUGAGAAGAGGCUUGAAGCUCAGCCUUCAGUGCAUGUUUUGGAAGCCAAUGGCAGCAGCAUGAGUGGAGCCCAACAGGACGGCGCAAUGACGGCAGACAGCCUCCAUCUGAACAGGACGGCAGCACUAGGACUACAUGACCAGGAGAUGGACACAGCUCUGUUUGAGUUCAAAGUGUUCAACAUUGUCAUCAUUGCCUUGGCCUUGUGCAUCCUCACUGUCACCGGCCUGUACUGCAUCACUGUCUGCUACAACCGCACCAGGCAGUCAAAGAGAGCCCACGUGUAUGAGAGUGCAGUGACCCGAGGCGAGCCGGCUGACCCUGUGGCGGUCAAAGCAGUGAAGCGGUCCACCAGCUUCAUCAACCCCCUCGCCUUCUUCAGGAAACCGGAGACAGCAAAGGACAACUCCAGGAUCUACUACAUCUACAGUAACCCGCUGCCUGUGGGACUUAAAGAGGAUGAGGAGGAUGGGGGGACUAAAGCCUUGCAGGGACCAGAGGGGCAAACUGCACUGAUGCUGCCACUGUCAUUUCAAGAGUAUGCCAAUGAUCCCACCAGUGGCGUCACCCUGGACCCUCCGAUUUUUUACAUGCAGCUUUAGAAGACGUUAAAGACUUAUGCUGUGGGGUUGAGAGGGAGAUGAUGUGUGAAUAUCACAUGCUGGGCUGGAGAGACACUGGAAUCUGAAAAGUCUGAGGUUUGGCCCCUGCAGCUUUCAGUUAAAAGAUAUGUCACUAUGUACAGGCCUUUCAAGGAGCAAUCCACCAAUUGUGCAAAUUAAAUUCAGUUUAGUUAUGGAGGAGCGUUACUCAGCCUGUAAAAAAGCCCUGCUGUAUAAUGUCUUCUGUAUUUCAAGUUUGAUAAAAUAACCCUGAUAAUGUCAUAUACUGUCAUCAGGGUUGUCACAGCAUCGGCUUGGAGACUAGGAAUUCAAAACAAAAGCCUGCAUUAUGGACUGAGAUGUGAAGUUUGAAAGAUGUGAUUUACCACACAAGGAACUUAAAAUGCUGUCUAGUUGCAUUAUGGGAAAUGUAGGAUCCAGCUUUUGAGAGCUAGGCCCAUACCAGGGACUUAAGUUUUGUAUUUUCAUCCAUUAUUACUUAAAUUCUGACCAUUCUUUCUUGUAAUCUAAUCUGUUUAGUCAUCUAAUCUCAUGACAGUAGAGUACUGACAUUCUGGUGUGCCCAUUUCAUUUGCAUCCAAGUUUAGAAGUUUAUAUACAGUUUUCUGACUAUUGCUGCAAAUUUCACUAUUGGAAUGCAAAAAAAGUUGGCAGUGGGGAUGAUCAUGUGCAGCUGAUAUUAAAACAUGCAGCUGCAUUGGAUUCUGCUUUAAGAAAUGCCUGUCUUGACAUCACUGGCUAGAAAUCUUAGCCUAUAGAGAGUGUAACAGCAGUUUUCUGUCCCUUAAAGAUAGAUGCAGGACUGGUUGUGACCACCAGUAGAGCUAUGGAGGAUUGUGUUUGUUAUUAAGUCCCAGUUUUGUUAGCAUCACAUGCACAUGCACGAGCACAAGCACAUAAAAAAGUGAUCCACACUCCCACUACAGUUUGGUCUGUUCCACAAAGUUGGCAGAGUACUGCAGCUAAAAAGCAUAGCAAUGUGCCAGCAAAAGCAGGGGAGAUAAAGAGUCUGCAAGCUAGCAAACAUAAAUGUAGAUGCAAUAUUUUAAAUAGGUUUUAUGAAAGAGAAAUGCAUUCAACACGUUUGUAAGGCCUCAAGGAUACAAAUGAUGCAUUCUGAUGAGAAACACUGAAUGUAAACAGAACACUCAAAGGGGUACCUUUAAUUUGAAAGGUGCAAAAUGUAAGUGCAAGAUGAUGCUACUAGUUAUAUGGAGGCCAAAAUACCAUUUUUAGUGCUACAGUUGUUAUUGUGGAUUUGUUGUGUAAAUUAAGCUGUUUGAAUUCUGUGCAUAAUCAUGUUGUUCUAGUCAUUUCUCACACACUAUUUUUCACUACAAUGCUAUUUUCUACUUCUUAAUAAGGUUCUUCUGUGUUUGAAUAACCCAAUAAAGUAGGUUUGCCAAGCUGAACAUGAGGCUUCACAGUUCA